GAGAAAUCGGUGAAUGGCAGGUUGUCUCUCUCCACGACCAACUCAUUCCUCACUGUGCACAAUCUUCACUCCGAAAACUUUUAUACCCAUCAUUUUGCAUUGUUCCAAAUCACAAAAGUGAGAGAAAACAAUGAGAAAACUCCUCAAAUCCCCCCUCAACGCCCAAGGCCACCACCUUUUCAGACCUCCUUCUAUCCCCCCUCAUUUGGGUUUCCUCCGUAUGCCAUAUGCUUCCUCUUUCUCACGUCCUUCUGUCUCUUCUAUGGAAUUUGAAAUCUCUAUUAUCGACCGGGCCUGCAACUUGGUCCAAAACUAUCAGUGGAUCUCUCUCAAAACUGAGUUUCCUUCGAUGAAUCCAUCAAUGGCUGCUUUUAUUCUAUCUAAACUCUCUAGCAAUCACUACUUGGUUCUUCAAUUCUUUUUAUGGGUCUCUGACCAACCAGGAUUCAAGCACUCAGUUGAGACUUAUUGCACAGCGUUACUGGUUUUGAGCAAUGGUGGUUUGAGAAGUGGCAUAUUCGUUCUUAUCCAAAGGCUCAUAUUCAAUCACAGUAAGUCUUUUCUAAUUGAAGCUGUUGAUUUCCUUGUCAAUCACUCUGUAAAACCGAUGAUUUUGGACACGAUUAUUGUUUCUCUGGUAAGGGUUCAGAUGUUUGAGGAAGUUGUUUUGGUGGUCGGUGUGAUCAAUAGACAUGGGUAUAUUCUUCCUUUCCACUAUUACAAUAGAUUGGUGAGAUUUUUGAAGAUGAACGAGGGGAUUCUCGAUCUGAAGAAAAAAUGUGUAAAAAACAAUGCCUUACAUAGGUUGAAGAAAUUUGGUGCAGGGGAUGGGUACACUGAUUAUUCAGGGAAUAAAUUUGACCCCAAUAUUUGCAAGCACAUUGGCUUGAUCAGGGCGUUGUCUCACAAAGGCAAGGUAGAAGUUGCUCUUAGGUUGAGAGAAAAAUUGCUUGUUGUUCCUGAUAUUGGUACUUAUAACGGCAUGAUGAAUUGUCUCUGCAAACUGGGAUAUCUCGCAAAGGCAAAUAGGCUUUUGAAAGAGAUAAUGGAAUUCGGGUUGAUCCCCAAUUGUGUCACCUAUAAUACAUUAGUUGAUGGGUUCUGUAGAUUUAAUUAUAUAGAUGGUGCUUUUGUUCUUCUAAAUUUUAUGGUGAUGAAUGGCAUCAAACCCAACAGAAUCACUUGUAAUAUACUUGUUAAUGCCCUUUGCAGCAGGGGCCAAUUGGAAGAUGCUAAUAAGCUUUUAGCAAAGAUACUAACUGAGCACGAGGCCUCUAAUCUGAUCACUAUGACCAUUCUUAUGAAUGGACAUUGCAGGGAAGGGAAUAUGCUUAAGGCUCGUGAAUUAUGGGAUGAAAUGUUGAGAAAAGGCAUCUUGGUAGACGUUGUUUCAUAUAAUGUUAUUAUUAAAGGAUUUUGCAUGGGAGGCGAUAUGAGCUUUGCUUAUAAGUUCUUCUCUGAAAUGUUUAAGAAGGGAAUUUCUCCUGACAUUGUGACAUAUAAUACUCUCAUAAAUGGACACUGUAGAGAAGGGAAAUUGGUAGAAGCAUGGAUCAUGCACUCUAAAAUGUCUUCUAAUGGUGUUUUACCUGAUCACAUCUCUUAUGCACUGGUUAUUCAAGGCCUUUGCUUGCACGGAAAUGUAUGCAGAGCACAUCAGCUUCUCCACAAGAUGUUAGAUGAUUCUAUCCUUCCUGACCCUUUUGUGUGGAAUUUAAUUAUUGAUGGGUAUGGAAGAUGUGGAGAAAUAGAGCUUGUAUAUGAGGUGAGAGAUCAUAUGUUAGCAUUAAGUGUGGCGCCGAACUUGUUCACCUACAAUGCCCUUAUUCAUACUCAUGUGAAGGAAGGAUAUCUUCAAGGAGCAUUCAUGUUGAAGGAAGAGAUGUUUGAAAAUGGGAUUCUUCCUGAUGUGGUUACGUACAACCUGCUUAUAAAUGGGUUGUGUAGUUUUGGUCAUGUAUAUUUUGCAUUUCAAUUGCACGAUGAAAUGUUAAGAAGAGGGUACCACCCUGACGCAUUCACUUAUACAGAGUUGAUUCGUGGGCUUUGCAUAAGUGGCAAAACGCAUGAAGCCCAUGAGCUUUUGGUUAAGAUGAAGAAAAUGGAUGUGCCUCUUGACCAUGUACCAUACCACAUACUUAUAACGAAAUAUUGCAAAGAGAAGCAGUUGAAUAUUGCAUUUGAUCUCUAUGAGGAAAUGUCAGAAAAGGGUCUCCGUAGUAAGGCUUGUACCUAUCAUACCCUUAUUGUUGAAUUGACGAAGAAGGGCCAUUUUAAAGAAGCCCUGCAGGUAUAUCAUAGCAUGGGUAUAGAAUCUGCCAUAUAGGAUAGAGAUUUCGUUGCUAUUUCAUCCAUGGAAGUCUCAUUGGGCACCUCUUAGAAUCCAUUUGGUUCCCAAAGCUGUUUCAUAGACAUGGGUUUUCCAUGUCAUGGGUGAUAUAGCAUGGCAUGGGCAGUCCAAAAGAUACUCAGAUAUUUGAGCUCCUCCGGUGUACCAGGAGAUGAGCACAACACAUUUAAAUGUGUGCAUCAAGAUCGGGCUUUGGGGCUCGUGAGGUAUUAUUCUUGUAUGGGGUGCGGCCUUUCUCGUUUGGACAGAACCUCAUUAAAGAAAUGCACAAUUGCACCCAAGUGAUCUCACUUCUUGUUGCACUUCCUUUCUGUUCGUUACUUUAAAUGAAAUCUGGUGCGAGGCUGGAAUUUUUAAAUGUCAAGAAAUGGGGACAGUUUUGCAGUUGUUGCGGCUGAUGGUCCAGGUGAAUAUCCUGUGAUCGCUGAAGCAAGAGCUGGGAAUGAUGCUGAGGGAAUGAUAAUCACUCCUGGAACUGUUGCUUAUAUAACUACUGGAGAUGACACCUUGGUGCUCCUUGACGUCUCUCCUAGAGAAAUUGACACCCUCAAGCUUUUUCUUAAAUGCUUCCAAGUAGCGACAGGGUUCAAAGUUAACAUGGAAAAAUCUAAUAUGAUGGGCGUUGCUCAAAUGAAUGCAGAAAUAAGAGCGAUCAUUCCUAAUUGGGAGUGCCAAGUGGCGGAUCUCCCCACAACCUACCUAGGUCUUCCAUUGGGACUGGGGAAGCCAAAAGUGAGCUGGGGAAACCAACCACUUCCAGUCACUCUUGGCAGUCUUACACUCGAUCUUCAUUUGAACACAUGGGAGAUAUGCUAUGGCUAAAUUUGACGGGCGAAUCAUGAGCCUCAGCACAGGUCAUGGGCGCUUGGUUGGUUUGAGAAGGCCGUUGUGGAUCAUGGAUUUUGGCAUUGGUGGAGUGCUUUGAUAGUCACUUUUGACCUAUUGAUAUCAAUCCACUUCUAGAGGCAAAGAAAAAAGAACUUCCUUGAAGACUAGACUACAGGUCAUGGUUAUGAAGGGAAGAUAUUCCAUCUCCCUCAAGCACAAGGAUGAGUCCUACUGGUUGUGGGUCGUGUUAUGUCAAGAUAUAUUUAUUUUCAGCAGAUGCCUGAGGCUUAUAAAUAAAUGAAGAAAGCAGAACCAAAUGACGCUUUUCUACCCUGUUAGACUGUGAUUUGAUCUGUGAAUAAGAUGCACUUUUUCUUUAUCAGUUUUGAACUUGUAAGUUCUUCGCAUUCUAUAUCUGAGCAUAUCACAAUGAAACGAUGAGAUCUUACAGGGCUUCAAACUUUCCUUUGAUGUCCCAAUGGCGUGCCCUUUGGUGCAUCCAUGCUUCAUAUAGCAGAGAGAUCUAUAAAUGCUUGUAACAGUGCAGUUCUAAUUUCAAGUUGCAGUGACAAGCCAAUUCAAUGACUCUCUUACUCUGUUUUUUGUGUUGUAAUAUACAUCUUUAAUCUGGCUUAAGGUGUGUGAAUCGAUGCAUUAUUUGGGUGUGGUCAAUCAAGCUCUUGUUGCACUGGAUUUCAUCAAAACUCUGAAUUUUAUGUGUGUACAUGUAAGAGAUCUUCAAUGAUGGGUGAAAACGCCAUGAUAAGCUUGGACUGCCUUCUUGAUCUGUUAGGCAUGUCCUGGAAUAGACAUAAGCAUUAUCUUCAUCAUCAGAUAACGUCAAUUCAAGAUAUAUAGAAAGUUUUGGCAAAGUUUUAUGUUGCUUGUCCUGGAGUAGACAUAUCCCAUGGAAUUUUCAGAGUCCCAAAGAAGAGCAACUCCAAGCUCUCCACAGUUGGGACUUGGUCGAAGAAUACCAGCCUCUAUCCCGUGAGAAGAGGAACCUUAGAACCCAACCCCAUAUCGGAUACCAGCUCCUCCUCUGUGAGGAGGAAAUCUUCUGGUAUCAAUGUUUGAGGAUUAAAAGGUUGAAGCAUGCUGAUCUUAACACUGCCUUCUUCUACAAAACCACCAAUUGCCAUAGGCGGGACAACACGAUCACCCAGAUUAAAGUGGGAGACUCCAUUUACGACAACCUUCUCAAGUGGAAGGGGCGAUCAUUGAAUUUUUUGGCGACCUCUUCUCUAUUCCCUCAGCCCCUAAACCAAGGAUGGCAGAUCUCUCCUUCAGGUCCAUUCAACCUGGCAAAGUGGCAUGGCUUCAAUGGUCUUUCACCGAAGACGAGAUCUUCAAAGUCAUCAACGACCUAGGCCAGGACCAAGCCCCUGGCCCAUAAGGCUUCCCGAUAGCACUCUUCAAAACCUUCUGGACAUCCAUCCUGAUAUCCUAUCCUUCUUCAAGGAAUGUCAUUCUAGAGGCAUUAUCCAUAAGGCCUUGACAGCCAUUUUCGUUGCAUUGGUGCCUAAGAUAGAGGGCAUGGAGGAACUUAAGGACUUCAUACCCAUUAGCCUCAUUUAUAGCUCUUAUAAAAUUCUAUCCAAGGUUCUUGCCUCUCGCUUAAAAGAGGUCCUAGACUGGGUCAUCUCCCCCCAACAAGGGGCCUUUGUCAAGGAUAGGCAGAUCCUAGAUGGAGCCCUAGCGGCUAAUGAAUGUAUACACUCUAGACACCUUGCAGAAUCCUUGGAAUUGUUAUCAAAAUUGAUUGGGAGAAGGCUUACGAUCAUGUGGACUGGAAUCUCCUGGAUGCUUAGAAUGGGUUUCGGUAGACGUUGGAGGACUUGGAUUAAAAGGUUGCAUCUCCUAACCCUUUUUCUCUAUCCUAAUCAACGGCGCCCCGAGAGGUCUUUUCCCUUCUUCUAGAGGUCUUCGACAAGGGGAUCCCCCAUCCCCUUUCCUACUCUCCGUGUUGGCAGAGGUUUUCAGCAGGUCCAUUGAAAGGAUGCACCAACAUGGACUACUGGAAAGGUUAAAAAUUGGGAGUCAAGGCCAGGUCAUCUCCCACUCCAGUAUGCUGACGUCACCUUUCUCUUCUGCUGGGCCACCACUCAACAGGUGGACUCCCUCUUACUUCUUCUCAAGUGCUUUGAGUUGCCCACUGGUUUAAGGGUCAAUAUGGCCAAAUCCAAGAUGAUUGGUGUAUCCGUUGAUGCCCAAGUGAAUAGCCUGCUGUCCACCUUCCUUGGCCUACCCCUCAGUAUUGGACUCCUUAGAAAGCAACAUUGGAGUUUCAUUGGUGGACAAGUUUGAAAGGAAACUGGCUGGUUGGAAAGGCAGAUUCCUAUCAUCGGCAGGUAGAGUCACGCUCAUCAAGGCCACCCUCUCUAACAUCCCAAUUUAUCAGAUGUCCCUCUUCCAUAUGCCUGCCUCUGUAGCAAAUUGUCUAGAGCAGCUCAUGAAGAAUUUCUUGUGGUCUGGUCUGGAUGAGCAACAAAAAUUUCACCUCAUCUCUUGGGAAAUAGUGUGCCAACCAAGGCACCCAGAGGCUUGGGAAUUUGCAACCUGAGAACCAAUAAUUUGGCCCUUUUAGGUAAAUGGUGGUGGCGCUUUCUCAUCUAGGAUAGCGAACUAUGGAUUGAGGUGCUCCAACACGAGUACCUUUGUCACUAACCUCAUACGCUAUCUGAUCCCACAAGCACCUGUAGAUCCUCUGGGGUCUGGAAAUCUAUCCUUCCGCUCCCUUGAUCUUUUUAAGGCGCACAUUUACUUCCACCCCCGGUUGGCCAACAGGGUCAAGUUUUGGCACGAUAUUUGGCUGGGCAGUUCUCCCCUAAAGGACCUGUUGCCUCUUCUUUUCCAAGUGCCUCUCAAAACAGAAUCCAUGGUGUCUGACCUCUUUGUACCCCAGGGUUCUUGUCACUUCUGGAAUCCAAACUUCCGCAGGCCAGUAAACAACCAUGAGGUUGAAGAAUUCCUCCAUCCAUUUCUAUUCUUCACUUAUCUUUCUCUCUGCAUUUGGAGGGGUUCAACUAAUCUGGUCCCCCUCCACUUCGGGUCACUUCUCAGUUUCCUCUUUCUACAACAUACUCCAUCCCCCCUCCUCUCCCACAUCCCUCUCUCCCCUUAUCGUUAGUGAGGCUUGUUUCUUCUUCAUUCCCCCCAAAAUUUAGGUCUUCUCCCGGAUUGCCCUAUCUGAAAGAUCUCUCACUGUCGAUCAGAUCCAAAGGAGGGGAGUCCCCAUCGCCAACAGAUGUGUAAUGUGUACGGCAGAUGCGGAGGCCAAUGCCCACCACUUCAUCCACUGUGAAGUGGCCUUGACCCUCUGGGGAGACAUACUCCAACUAUUUAACUAGUCAUGGGUCACCCUGCGAUCUGUUCCCCACCUUUACCCAAUAUCUCUACCCUGUCCCAUGGUUGAAAUCAGGUUCCCUCCUGUGGUGUGCCUCCAUUGCAGCCACUCUAUGGGUUCUUUGGAUGGAGUGCAAAAACAGAACUGUUAAGGGAGAGAGGAUCACCAUUGAAGCUCUUAAGGCCUGGAUAAGAUCGUUGGUUAUCCUUUGGGCCAAUAACAACAACCUUUUCCGACAUCUUGCCUGUGCUGAUUUUCUUCUUAAUUGGCAAACGUUGCUCAUUUUAAGUCCUGCUCGUGUACCCCGAACCUGGUCAAGCUGAAUUUUGAUGGUUGCUCACUCAGGAACCCAGACCCAGCUGGGAUUGGUGGCAUCUUUAGAGACCAUCUCGGUGUCAUGCUGACAUCCUUCUCCAGAUCCAUCAGCCACACCAACUCCAUCAUGGCAGAUGUCAUCGUGCUCCUCGAAGGGCUAUGCAUUUUCAACCUCAGUCGGGGCCUGACUCUAAUCAUAGAAGGGGAUGCAAAAAAUGUCAUCUCCUGGUCGUCUCGCUCUUCCCCUUGCCCUUGGAGGUUGUCUCACAUCUUCGACAAGAUCUUCCAUAUUUGUAGGCCUAUUAUUGUUUCAUGGUGACAAACGUGGUGCGAGGCAAACUCAGCAGCAGAUGCCCUGGCUAAAGCAGCAGUAUCACAGCACCAAGAUGGGGCCCUUGUAGAACCGCAUUAAGUUCCUGGAUCACCAUUCUUGUGUACCUAAAAGAGCUACUGUAAAGCAUUUUUUGGACUCUCCUUUGUGGUAAAAUUUUAUACAGAGCACCCAACUUGUGGGUUUACCCAUUUCUUGUACAAUGGAUACUUCCUCUUCAACACAAAAUAAACAGUUUAAAAAAAGUACAUGCGCAUGUGUAUAAUAAUGGUGUACACAGACCGACCAUCCACUUUCUGUCAUCACUAGUGGACUGUAGAGAUGAGUGGCAUUUCUGCUCAAGUCCACUUUUGUCUGUCAUAGUAACAGCAGUUUGUCUUGGAUGCCCAUUGACGAUGAUAGAUGAUGAAAGGACACUCAUGCAUCUUUUGCAUGGCUACACGGUUAGCAAUGAGUGCAUCCACUUUAGAUUCCAAAGUUGGAUCAUGGGGAUGGACUGUGGUUCUGAUGAUGGGCAUCAUUUUGAUUUGCAAUUGUUCAUAGUUUACAAUGACAUAAAAAUCUCAAAGUCCAUGUGACACUGACUUGCUAGUCCUCUGCAGCUCUUGGGACGUUUCUGGAAUGAUCCAAAUGGACAUAUGACGAUCGCUCUUUGUGGUGUUUUUUUUUUUUGACAUGUUAACAGGUAGGAAUGGAAUCAUUGAUGUUACAUGGUGGCUCUGCGACAUUGACCACCCAGGACAAGGGCCAAUUCCUAAUGGCUGCUCGCUCUUUGUUCCCAUGUGCUGCCUUCCAAGCAAUUCUGCCUCCAUUUUGUGGGCAUAAAACACUUCAAAACAAACCCAGUGCAGGACUUAUAAAGAACAAGGGUGAAGCAUAAAAAGGCAGGCGAAUCAUCUUGUAAUAUUGUUAUGAACAUUGAAACACACAAUCACGGGAAGAGACCAAUCCCAAAAAACAGUCCUAAGAGCCAUCUUGUGCCGCUCCCUCCUUAGCGAGUGUGUCAGCCGCUUGGUUUCCUUCCCUCCAAAUAUGCCUCCAUAAGACCUGCGUAUCCCUGCAAAGGCGGUUAAUCUCAUAAAAAAUAUGAGCUAGGACCCAGUGUGGGGAAGAAUAUUUGGAAGCCCAAGCAAUAACGUUCUUGGAGUCUCCUCAAUGGUGAGGGACUCGAAUGUGACGGUAGGAAGGAGCUUGACAUCCUCAUGUCGCGUGGUUUCCUCUGCCCCCAUAGAGUUCGAAUAACUUAUGAAUUUAGAAAUGGACGCAAUAGUGGAUCCUGAGUGAUCCCUGAGUAUAGCGCCAAGUCCUUUUUCCUUUUACCAACUGAGCUAGUAGGCCAGAAGAGUUGAUUGGAGUUCUUCUUCCAAGCUUAGCAAUGGCCAAUAUGCUUGGGUUUGUGAAUGUAAUUGAGAGCCAAAUUUGGACUACUACUUCUGGUUCAUUAUUUAUUUUGUUUCACUUGUGACUUUGUUUUAUGUGGUGCUUUGAAAACCUUGGCUCUCUACCUUGGUAACGUUUACAACUUCUUGUUGGCAAUACUUUAAGAGCGCUUGUACUAUGCUCCUGCGAGAGCAUACUCUGCAUUUACUCCUCCUCCAGGAAGACUUAAGAGGAUUUUUUGAUCUCAAAAUUUGGGAAACACUAAGUAUCCUUAUUUGAUUUAUUUCAAAAUAAAAACUGUGGAUUUUGAGUUCUCUAAACACUUGGACCCCACCCUAAAACAAUUGGAUGGUCUCUAUUCAAUCUUGAUGCAUUUUAUUUUCAAGCAUAUAGUGGAAUUUCUUUCUUUUUUUCUCUUGAGGUUAGUCUAUAGGUUGAAGACUUUACAUCCCCAAAAUUUGUGGUCCUAAAAAUACUCCUUGAUUGGGUUUUACCUGAUGAAAUAAAUGCAGAAUAUGCUCCCACGGGAGCAUGGAACCUUUUGGCUUUCUUUAAUAUGAACAGAGUGAAAAUAUAUGUCAUUGAUAUCAAACAUGGAACAUUAUUUUGCGGUUUCGCCUUUUAUGUAUGCCAUGCAGUUUUUGUUUUUGUUUUUGUUUUUAAUCUUUUGUAUAAGACUACUUAUGAUUUGUCUUGGCUCCAGAAAAUUAAUCAUGUUUGUCAACCAUAUCCAUGUCAUCCUUGGUGAAUUGUUUCUAGUGCUCAAUGAUUUACUUUGAUUCUUGAUUGUAUAUGCCUUUAUUCCUGUCAUGUUUUCUAUUUAAAUUUUAAUAGAUCCUUGUUUCUUCUACAUGUUGCGAAAGCUGAAGAACAUGCUUCACUUUGAAGAAUAUGUACUUUUUGAGCACAUGCAUGUGUGAAAUGCAUUGCAUGUAAAAUUAUGUUGGUUCCAUUGUGAUUACUUAACAUGGAAGUACGUUAGUCGAAGCUUGUAUGAGAUACUGUUUCAUUGCCAGAACUUGUUCCUCUGCUGCAUCAUAAAACAAUAGUAGCAUCCAAAAAUUACAAGCUUGUAUGAGAUACUGUUUCAUUGCCAGAACUGGUUCCUCUGCUGCAUUGUAAAACAACAGUAGCAUCCAAAAAUUACAAUGAUCGACUUCUGCAGACCACCACUGUAGGGGAACCCUCAAUGGACCUAGUUUUUGAUGCACUUCAAAGAAGGUUCCUUGGGUUUUCACCGCAGUCAUAAAAUGGACAAGGAGAGAAGUCACGUGUUUCAGGCCUCUUAAGGUGUUGUUUCCAACUAGCCAGACUGAAACCUUAAAUUCCUUUUCCAAAUGCCAUCUUUUUUCCUCAUACGUAUACUAAAUAACAUGAUUGUAAACCUUCUACACAACACUAAUUUUGGAUUCUUUUUUUCAAAAUGAACAUCUAUAGAGGUUUGGGUGUUACGACUUCUACAAAAAGAAGAAGUUUGUGCAAAGAAAGUGGGACAUGUGAAGAUGCACGAGUUCGUGAGGAACUAUGCUUCACUUCUCUGGGGUUCUGCACUCCUCUCCUCUUUUGCCCAUGGAUAAAGAGAUAGAGUACAUAAAGCCAUGUACUACAGAAAUAGAUGGAAAUACAAGUAAAAUGACACUAUUUCCCUGUGACUACCAACAUGCUUUUCUCACACUGAUGUUCUUUAUUCAUGAACAUCAGUUUGUUGACCAAGAUUUGAGAGUGGCUUUGUCUGCGGACAGGUAUUUAUAAGAAAGAUGCAUAUGUUCAUGAGCAAAUUUCUUUGGUUAAGUGGCUAUUUCCCUAAUUGUUUUUGUGCUUCCACGAAAACUGAAUUAAAGGAAACCUGGACCGAACUUCGAAUAUCAAAUUGGAGUUGGAGUUGUCAUGAGAAAUUUGUAUCUUUGUAACCCAUGUAAACAAAUAACCUUACUACAGGUAGAAGGCAUCUCAGAUACCCUGAUUUGAUAUUAGAUUUAAAUGGUAUGUUUGUUUCUUACA